CUCUGCUCUCUAACUCCCUAUCGACUCUCUGCUCUCUCUCCUCUCUCCUCUCUCGCCUCUCUGCUCUCUCCUCUCUUCCCCCAGUGACAAAGCCCUCUCUCUCUCAGUGACAAAAUCCAUUGAUUCAGAGGCUGCAAAAUCUAACUCCCUUUUUGUCUCUCUACUCUUUCUCUCUCUAAACGCUAUCUCCCUACUCUCUCGCUUCUUUACUCAGUGUCUCUCUCUCAGUGACAAAACCCAUUUAUUCAGACGCUGCAAAGAAGAAGCAUCAUCUGGUGUAACAGAUAGAAGGGUAAGGCCCCUGCCCAUUGUGCUUCUUCUCAGGCUUUCUCAUCAGAUAGCAGGCACCAUCCUGAGAUUCAAGAAGUUCAUAUAGAUGGACUUUUCACCUUCGGAUUGAUUGGUGGGAAAUACUUGGAGGACACCUUGGUCUCAUCAGAUAGCAGGCACCAUACCGAUUGAUACAAAGUUGCGGUAUAACUGAUUUUAAGCUCGCAAAAACGAAGGUGAUGUAUGGAGGGCGUGACUGCUACUAAUGUGCCACUCAUGAAGGAUAGCCAUUUGAAUAUAGAUAAAGCAAUGGGAAUGGUGAAUCUAUCGAAUGAAGGUUCGGAGGAGGAGACAUUGAAGCAACAGGUUGAUGAGAUGGUAACCAAGAUUGAUGAUGUGAGCUCACUGCUGGAGCAAAAAGUGAAUGAGGUCGCUCAAUUUUUCUCCUCUCCUAUUAGAACAAAGUUGAAUAAUUGUAAAGGAAGCUCCUCUUUGAAAGAGAGGGAAAAGGAUAAAGCCAGAACAAAUAACAAGAAGCUGCAAGAUGCAUCUCGUCGUGAAGCGGCAUAUACAAAGCGAAUGCAAGAACUCAUGCGCCAGUUUGGUACAAUACUGCGACAGAUCACCCAGCACAAAUGGGCUUGGCCUUUCAUGCAGCCUGUAGAUGUUGAGAGACUUGGUUUACAUGAUUACUAUGAGGUCAUUGAAAAACCGAUGGAUUUUGGUACUAUACGGAAUCAGAUGGAAGCAAAAGAUGGUUCUGGGUAUAAGAAUGUCCGUGAGAUAUACAAUGAUGUCAUACUGGUUUUCAAGAAUGCAAUGACAUACAAUGACGAAAAGAGCGAUGUUCAUCUCAUGGCCAAAACAUUAUUUGAUAAAUUUGAAGAGAAGUGGCAGUUGCUGUUGCCCAAAGUAGUUGAAGAGGAGACAAGGAGGAAGGAAGAGGAGGCAGAAGGCAGCUCAGAUCUACAAAUUGCUCAAGAGGCUUCUAUUGUGAAAUUGGGCCGAGAUAUAAGCUAUGAGCUUGAAGAGCUUGACUUGCAAUUGAAGGAGCUUAGAGAGAGGGUGGUUUUGAAGUGCAGGUUGAUGUCAACUGAAGAGAAAAGACAGCUUGGAUUAGAUCUGAGUCAGUUGUCACCUGAAGAUCUCGUUAAAGCACUUGAUAUUGUCGCACAAAGAAACCCACAUUUCCAACCUAUGGAUGAAGAGGUGGAUCUUGAUGUAGAUGCUCAGAGCCCAUUGACGUUGUGGCAACUAAAAUUCUUUGUGAAAGAAAAGUUGGGUAAUCAAAUGAGGGGUUCUGCCACCAAGGAACAAGACAAUGCAAAACGCAAAAGGGAGAUAUGCGAUGCUAUUUCAAAAAGUGCGAGGAAACGAAAUCGGAAGCUUAUGUCAUGAUAGGUUGGUAUUCUUGCUUAUUUAAGCUAGAUUUGAUUUUCAUGAGAAAAUUAUUUAAAAAGUCCUGUAGAAAGAGUUUCAGCCGCCUUCAUUCAGAAUCUUGUUGAAUAUGAUUUCAAAAUGUAAGUUUACAUGUGAACAGAAAUGUACAGCUGUUGCAAGAAAGGAUAUUGGGAGAAAGUAUCCUGAAGACUGCAAAAAUAGUGUUACAUAAAACAUUAAGACUUUUUUACAUGGA